AUGUUUUAUCUGGCGGAAACUCCGACCCGAAGCAACGAUUCGAUCCAGCUACGUAUCGUCACGGAAGUCACGGCGGCGGGCGCCUCACUUUCAAGGAGUCCCGCCGACGAGUUGGGUAAUCGGGAGAGCACGAGAGAGAGACCGCGCGAGCGGGCGAGCGGAGUCGCAAGAUCGGAGCGUGAUGGAGGAGCCUCUCGAUUUCGAGGAGGAAGACCAGCUUGUCCGAACCCCUCUCCGUCCCACCAACACCAACAAAAGGAGCAAGGUCAUUGGCUUGGAUGAUCUUCUAACUGAUUAUUAUGAAGAGAAAAACAAAUAUGUGCAUCGCAAGUCCAAGCGCUUAUCUUUAUCUAAGCGAUACAAUUCAGAUGAAGAUGACAAAAGUCGAAAAUACAAAGAAAGAAUGUUAUCUAAGUUCGUUCACGAUUGCGAGAAACAGGUUAAUGAGAUGAGUGCCGAAGAGGAGAUUCCAUUAUGGGGCCAAAGAGUUUUUGGACAUCAGAAAUCUCUUCCAUCAACCGAGUACAAGGGUGUAGCAGAUUGUCAACUUUUGCAGUCGUCAUCAAUAGGAGAUCUGAUUUCAGUCAUUUAUUUAAAUGAAGAACAAGGAGAGAGCUUCCUAGAAGGACUGUUGGUAAAUAGAUGGCUCUGCAAAUUGGCCUUCGUAUCUGGUUUCGUGGAGGAUUCCAUUGCAACUUGGGUGUUCAACAAAAUGCUGUACUCAUCAAAUGGAGAGCUACAAGUUUCCGCUUGUGAAUUUUGGUGCGAUAUCCUUCUAUCGAAAGAUGAGGCUGAUAAGCCAUCGGUAUCACUAGGAUGGUUUCCUGGCUAUUCCCAACUAAUGGAUGCCCUGGCAACCUAUGGAUAUCUAUUCGAUACAUCAAUGAGUCGUUCAUCGCUUUCACAAGAAGUCCAUACAGAUAAACCUGAAGGGCCGCCUGAAAAUAUUAGUUCGUGGAUCAAAGUAAUAUCUGCGUGUUGUCAGAUCAGAAGUCCCCGAUCCAUCUUCUCUAUAUCAGAAGCAGAGGAGCUACUUUGCAUAAUUAUUCACUUCUCGUUAGAUCGUGAGCUUCAGGGCUUGCUAUUUAUUAUAAAUGAGGGCAUGCAAUCAAUCAUUAGAUUUUUUAGUGAGGAAGAAUGGGAUGUCAGCUGCAAAAGAGUGGCAAAGUCUCUUGCUUUCAGAACCCCAAAGGACCUUAAUUGUUUAAGGGUUGUGGAAUGCAUUUCUGUGACUAAUGGCCGUAGCAAGCAACUCAGGAGUCAAAUCGCGCUACAAUUGCUGACUCUGCGCUUUGACAUAAAGGUGAACGACUAUAAAGAAAUCCUGGAAUUACUGAUGUCAGUCAAUGUGAAGGAUAAAGAUUGUGAUUUCUUCAAGUUAUAUAUCUACUUAGUUUUAGCCGAGAAUUUCCUCUCGUUUCAUCAUCUGGGUGAAGAAAAAUCGGUAGCUAUUGACACGUGGUGUAAAUUUCUACGCAACUGCUCGAGCCAAAUUACAAGCACGGAUUGGAGAUCAUAUGCAUCAAAGGUUCGGAAUAAAGCUUCGUACAUUUUGCAAACCACCGUCGAGAAGAGUACGUAACAUUUGUUCUUUUGAUGAGGAUGGUGCAUUUUUAUCUAGGUAUGCAUGUCCUCCAACAUGAGGAAAUAUAUAGCUGGUCUCAUUGUCAUCCAUCCUUCAAGUCCUUUGUAUGAGACUCGAAUUUUGCUGUAGCUUAGUCCAAUGCAGAUUUUUAUUUUAUGCCAUCACGAAAUCUCUUUUUGCGUU